UUCAAAUCUUGUACACGCACACGUUCAUUUCACUUCCUCAAAUGUCCUCCCCCUUCUUUACAGUCGCUGUGUUCCUCUUUUCCUUGCUCCGGCCAUCGUUCGGCCUUCCCUUCCGUCGCUCUCAUUGGCGCCUCGCCGAGCAUAUCACUCGACCGCAGACGUGUAUAGCUCAGUUUACCUUAAAAUCUUGAUCCGGGUAACACGUUAGGGAAUCGGUAGAACUCGAAACUGUAUUUACUCGAUUCCUGUUGAUCUUUCUUACUACUUAACUUAGAUAACGUAAGACAAGAAGUAGAAGAAAUUAGACUGUUUUCUUUUAUUGGUAAAGGAAAAGUGGCAAAGGAUGGAAGCACACGUUAGAAAUGUGAAUGACAGCAUCAACACUGCACCGACAGAAGCGUACAUGCCUACGUCAAAGACAUCCUUUACUGUCGAGGAAGAGGACGCGUUUGUGACGUUGAUAGUUGUUGUGUUCGGCAUCAUCGCUGCCAUGGUGGUGCUGUUCUCGAUGGGUAUCUUCAUAGAUUGCAGACAUCAGGAGAAAGAUUUUAUGAAUAGAAAAAAACUGAGACUGAAAAUGCUGCCGUUUGCACGAAGAGGCCGGAAAGAUGACGUGAAAGCUUUAGCUUCAAAUAUGUAUCCCAAUGGUGUUACUGGAUCCAAGGAGAGGGAUGAUGUAGUUUGAUAUUCGGAAAAAUUAUUAAAAAUUUAGUUAAUAAACUCGUAAUGGACACGACGACUUAUAAUUAAUAACUCUUCAAUAUCACACUAUACGUUUUGUCAAGAAAAUAGCACUAAAAAUAUUGCAUAAAAAUGAAUGAUUGUAACGAGUUUUUCUCCAAUCAAAACGCCAACAAAUGUUAAAGAAUAUAACGACAAGUAAAGUAUCCUUAUUAAUAAAAAAAUUAUAGCAUAUAUAUAACGGAAGAGACAAUCAAGUAUGCUAUAUCGAGAGUAUCAAAGGGUUAAAGUUAUGAGUAAUACACUCAUCUUCCGUAAUAAAUAGUGUAAUUAGACAACUAGUUCAGAUAACAUAUAAAUAAAAUAGUCACGAAAAUUAUUUAUUGAAAAAAAUACAGCUUUUAAUAAAAUAAGAUGACGUCAGUAAGCAGCAUUCUUUACGCUUCCAUUUUGGUCAGAAUGUGCAGUUCCUCAAAUACAGAAUGUAUUGGAGAACACGCUCCAGAAUAUAUGCGAAUCCUCAAUACGUAAUAUUGUUCAUAUGUGCCCUUUUCUCACUCUCGAUAAAUUCCAUUCAUGUUUACAAUAAAAUAAAACCGUAAAUGUAUA